AUGACAGACAUUAUCACGGAGACUCCUGAUUUGAAGUCGGAGCUCACUUCCCCGGGCCAGAAACGCAAGCGCAGCGGCGACCAAAGCCCCGAGGACCGCCGAGUUAAGCGUGGUGCAGCCCCUGCCGCCAACAUGGUCCCUUCUGCGGACUCUACCAGCCUCGGAUUCCUGGAGGCUGCUGCUAAUGAAGCGUCCGCUGUCGGUGUCGGCGUCGGUGUAGAUUUGAGCGCUCUCCAGCAGGCCAACGAGGCUGCCAACCAUUCAGAGGCUGCUGCUCAUCAACCCGUCGUAACCGAUGCCUCGAGUGCCUCGAGUACCGCUGCCGCUGCUCUCGGCUCCAUGUAUCCCACCAUGCACGUCCCCUCGACUACCGAGCAGCAGUUCGUCCAGGCUGCUGCCGAUGGAACUAACCCUCAGGAUGCUGGUGUCUUUGCCGAUGUUGGCCACGUUGGCCAGCAUGAUGCGGGUGCCCCCACCGCCGUUUCUCUUCCUCCCACGGCUCCCAUCCUUGCCCCCAACGGAACCCAACCUCAGCAGCAGCAAGCUCAGGUUCUUCCCCACCAGAGCCCUCAGCCGCCCCAGCCGGCUCAACCCGUCCAGCAUGUCCACCAUCCCCAGAUCCCCCCUCCUGGCCAGCCGGGCCAGCCGCAGCAGGCCCAGAGGGCCGACUAUCAGUACCGCAAGCCUGCUGUAGGCACUGAAGAAUGGCACAAACUUCGAAAGGACAACCAUAAAGAAGUUGAACGACGCCGCCGCGAAACCAUCAAUGAGGGUAUUAAUGAGCUGGCGAAGAUCGUUCCUGGCUGUGAGAAGAACAAGGGUGCGAUCCUUCAGAAGGCUGUGCAGUUCAUCCAAACUCUCAAGGCCAACGAGACUUCCAACAUUGAGAAGUGGACCCUCGAAAAGCUCCUCACUGAGCAAGCUAUCGGAGAGCUCAGUGUCUCCAACGAGAAGCUCAAGGCUGAGUGUGCCAACCUUUAUGAGCGACUUGACAUUUACAAGCGAUACUUCGAGGACCACGGCAUCGAGGAUCCCACGACCAAAGUUGACCAGCCCGAUCAGAUGGAUCAUGUCGAGCACGUCGAUCAAACCCACGUCCCUGUUGCCAUCGCCGAGACUACCCCGAACGCAAACGACGGAUAG